AUUUCUUCACUUAGAGAGAGAGACAUUCCAGCCUUAAAGUGUGAGAGAAAUGACGACAAUCGUUGAGGAACUGGUAACACAGGGGGUAAACUCGUUGGUCCGAAUUGUGUCGGACAACGUGACGCUGGUUCGUGGCAUAGAUUCUGAGAUAAAAGAUCUCACCUCCGACAUCCAAAUGUUCAACGCCAGGCUCAUAGAAGCUUCCAAGAACCCAAGAGCCGAUGACCACCAGGUUUUGAGACUAAUAGUGAAUAAAUUUGGAAGCGUUGUGAAUGAAGCCGAGGAUACGAUUGCCGACUACGUUGUACUGAAGAAGAAACACGGAAACAAUUUCUUCUUAAAAUCUUUGGAUAAGACCCCAUAUUGUGGAAAGGUGAAUGGGUAUGCGAGCGAGAUCCAGUCCAUUAGGACAAAGAUGAAUGCAAUUCGCCAAGACCAUGAAAAAGAGGUUCAAGACCUGAUGCAGUACGAAAUCAAAGAGCAGGACAAGGCUGUGAAAACUUUCCACCAGGAUCGACCAAUCGUGGAGAAAAAUGAGGUUUUCGGCUUUGAAAAAGAUUUGAAAGACAUGAAGGCUCGUUUGUUAGAGGCGUCCAAUAAUUUUAUUGUGAUCCCAAUUGUUGGGAUGCCUGGUACUGGAAAAACUACAUUUGCCUCGAUGCUUUUUAAUGACCUAAGAAUUCUCAACAAUUUGGUUUGCAUUUGGGUUCAUGUUUCAAAAUGGUGUGAUAUAAAACAGAAAUUCAUCAGCAUCAUAUAUCAAAUCACCAAGAGUACCGAAGACUUAACCACCAAGUCGGAAGAAAUUCUGAAAGGUACCAUUCAGAACCGGUUAAAGGAUCAAAAAUACUUCAUUAUAUUGGAUGAUGUAUGGAGAAAAGAAGAUUGGGAUUCAUUACAAACUGCAUUCCCUAAAAACAUGAAUGGAAGUAGAGUCGUGCUGACUACCCGACAUGACAAUGUAGUUGAUUCUAUCUGGAAAUCUCAUAAUUUAGGAAUGUUAAGUGAUGAUGAUGGUUGGUUGCUUAUAAAAAAUAAUGUUUUUGGUACCGAGGGAUGCAAUGACAAGUUUUUAGCUAUUGGGAUGGAAAUAGCAAGAAAAUGCAAGGGAUUACCACUUGCUCUAGCAGUGGUAGCUGGUAUCCUACGAAAAUGCAGAACUUCUACAGAUUGGCAACGAGUGGCUGAAAAUCCGCUUCUAGAAAUCAAUCGAGAAUACCAAAGUUACCAUGAGAUAGUUAAGAUGAGCUACAAUGAUUUGCCUCAUGAAAAGUUGAAAAAUUGUUUCCUAUAUUUUGCAUAUUUUCCUAUGGGGCAUGAGAUUGCUAUAUGGAAGUUGGUUUGUUUGUGGAUUGCUGAAGGAUUCAUUCCAACAAUAAAUGAGUGGGAAUACCGUAUUAAUGCCGAAGUUGAAGCUCAAAAAUAUUUGGAUGAUCUUAUUGAUAGAAAUCUUGUGACGUUGAUAAAAAGAAGAGCAGAUAGUCAAAUAAAAACAUGCCGAAUCCAUGAUACGUUGCAUGAGUUCUGCAAAAGUGAAGCUGCAAGGAAAAAAUUAUUCCUUGUAAUGGAUAAGGAGCAAAGCAGGUUAGAUGAGAAUACUUGUUCAGCUCGACGUCUUUGUUUUCACUCUUUUACUGAUGACGAAAAUAAAUCAUCCAUUCUGUUAUCUCCAUUUGGGAAACAUAUCCAUUCUUUGUUUCUGUCUUCCCCACAAAAGAGUGAGGUUCGUCUUGCACCAGAUGAAUUAACAACCAUCCCAAACAUUUUUCCUCUUCUUAGGGUGUUGAAUAUUGAAUACAUUGAGUUUGUUAACAACAUGUUGCCGAAAGAGGUUUAUAGGUUAUAUCUUCUCAAGUAUAUUGCUAUCUCAGGCAAUCUCAACCUCCUCCCAAAAUCAUUCAAAAAUCUGGUUGAAUUGGAGACUUUAGUGAUCAAAACCACAGCAAGGACACUACAAAUUGUAGGAGGCAUAUGGAACAUGGAAAAGUUAAGGCAUGUAUGCACCAACACCUCUGCGCAAUUACCCUUUCCUCCCAAAACAAGCAAAGCUAACUCUGGAGGAAAAAAUAUCCUCACACUUUCUACAAUAUCACCAGAAAGCUGCACAAAAGAAAUCUUUAGAAGAACCCCCAAUCUCCAAAAAUUGGGUGUUCGUGGGAAUUUAUCCCAACUUCUAGAGGGAAAGCAAGAAACUUGUCUGUUCAACAAUCUUCAAUUGCUAAAGCGCCUCUUAAACUUGAAACUGUAUGGCCAGCACAACGAAGGGUUAACAGUCCCAAUGCUAGACAAGUUUGCAUGUAGGUUAAAAAAGUUGAGCUUCUCCGGCACACGGUUUGAGUGGAAAGACAUGAGAGUAUUGGGGUUGUUGGAGGAGCUUGAGGUGCUCAAGUUGGAUGACUAUGCAUUCAAGGGGGAGAAUUGGGAACUAAGCAAUGAUGUUGUUUUCAAAAGGCUUCAAUAUUUGCGCAUUGGAAAGACAAACCUAAAAACUUGGAUGGUCACAGAGAAUAGCUUCCCAACUUUAAGAAGUCUAAACCUUCAAAAUUGUAGCUCCCUAUUAAAAAUUCCACAAGCUUUUGCUAAGGUACAUACCCUUAAGGUGAUGGUAUUAUUUAACGUGAGAGAAAGUGCAACUCAGUCCGCGAAAGGGGUAAGAGAAAGCAUAAAAAGCGGUGGAUUCAAGCUCAACAUAACCUCUGUAAAGCAAAGAGCACUAUAUCGCACCUCUGUGAAGGAUCAGAAGGCUCGUAACGAGGCCAUGAAGAUUGCCGUAAGGUUCUCAGGAGUUGAAUCCGCAUCUAUUCAAGAGAAGGGGCACUUAGAGGUGAUCGGCGACUUCGACGCGGUGCAACUGGUCUGCAAGCUGAGGAAGAGAUCGAGGCAGGCGGAGCUUAUAAGCGUCGGCCCCGUUAAUUAUGAGAAAAAGGAGGAGAAGAAGGCGGAGACGCCAGUACCACAAACCAACACCUCUACUUCGUCACAAGAAAUUGAGCAUAAACAAUCAUAUGGGCAGAAAAAUGCUAGUCCCAGUGGAUUCGACCGCCCUAGCACCUCUACUCCGUCACAAGAAAUAGUUUCUGAUGAUGAUUAAUUGUCCGGACAACGACGUGAAUUGCUUUCUUGAAA